CCAAUUAGAACCAGAGGGCACUGAAACGAGGAACUUUCUCCUCCUGAAGCCUGGCAGAUAAAUAUAAAAUUUCAUUUCAUUUAAAAAAAAUAAUAAUACGUUGGCCUGAAAUUGCCUCUUGCAAAACCUAGGACCAGCCCAACCUGCUUACGGAUUCCUACCGUACAUGAAUACGUUCUGUGUAGCUCUCAUGGUGUGGCUUUUCUGCAUAGACGCAUUGCUCUGCCUUAUGUGCUUGGAACAUCGGUAACUGGCUCAUCGGAGCCCCACCCUAUAUGGGACGUGUGUGCAACACGCUGAAAAGACUUGAGUUCCUACAGAUACAGAAGACGAUGAGUCCCACCCGGAUCCUUUAGUUGCUCCAAGGUGGCUCCUCCUGUCCAUGGUUAAUUUUCAUUCUAUCCAUGGAUGUGGGGCGGAGUAGAAUUAGCCUGCUAGAUUUGUCAACUGAGUGACGAGCACUGACAGUCUGGUUUUAAGCACCUCUUAAGAAGGUGCUGGUUAGUAGCUUCCAGGAAGGAGAACCCCUUCAGUUCCUCCGGCUUGGUAUGAUCCAUGCAAAUAACUCCCACUGGUGUCAAGUGAGAAAGACUCAUUCUUAUUUUGAUUGAACAGAGGGGAAACAGCUGAAACAGUUUCCCUCAGCUGAUAGUCUGGACGAAACAAGAGAUCUUUAUCAAUGGUCCUCCGAAUCCCCCUUCGCAGGAGUGCCAGCUUCACUCCUGACCACCAGCCUGGGGCAGAGGUCUCCACUUCUACCCCUGUGAAAAUGGAAGCCAACGUGGUGGUCCUAGGAGCAGACAGCGUGGGAAAAUCAGCUUUGACGGUGCGUUUCCUUACUAAAAGGUUUAUUGGGGAAUAUGGAGACAUGGAGUCUGUCUACACUCACAGUUUGGCAGUAGAAGGCAAAGAGAUUCUUUUCCACAUCUGGGAUUUUCCUUGCUCACAGGAGAAGUCAGAGGACAACUCAUCCAAAGAUAAACGCAUCCAGUGGGCUGAUGGCUUUGUCUUGGUCUAUAGCAUCUGUGACCGUGCCAGCUUCAACAGUGUCCAAUCCAAAGUCCAGUUCAUCAAAGCCACCAAGGAAAGUCUGAGCCAGGAGAAAGUGCCCAUUGUUAUUGUGGGCAACAAGCGAGAUCUACAUCAUCACCGGGAGGUUUCCAGUGAAGAGGGACGUCUCCUGGCCCUCUCCAUGGAUUGUGAAUUUUAUGAGGUAUCAGCAGCCGAAACCUAUCAUGGAGCACUUAUGGUCUUCCAUGGCUUAGCAGAACGCAUCUGUGAGGCCAAAUUGGCCCUGAAAAAAGGCACAGGAAUCCGCAAUAUUGUCAAGAGUGUAUCUGCUGUCUUUGCUCGGAAAAGAACAGACUCAAUGUGAAAAAAAUCUAACGUUCUGUAAACACUGAGGGAGAACAUCCUGUUUUUCCCCUCUUAUUUAGGCAGAGUCGGAGCAUGGAUUUUGCCGAUGUGGAGCGUCAACCUCCUCAUUCUGCUAAUCCUGAAGGAGAAUCAAUCCAAGAGUUGGUCUAGAUGGCUGUCCUGGGUGCAAAUUCAAGAAGAAUGGGGCUCUCAAAGGAAGGAAAUGGCCAUGCCUGUCUCUCCAUGCUUGAAACACCAGAAGAGAAGGAUUGGCCCAAGAGAAAAUUAACAUCUUGCCCAAACCCACCUAAUAAGUUGGAAUUGGAAUUUGGGAGUCCCGUAUUAAUGGGGUGCUAGUACUGUACAAACUCCAGUACUGUAGUCACUUUGAUAUUUACAAAGAACGAUACGGAUGGAACAUCAGCGCUCUGUCCCCUAUGGCAACAGGGCUAAACCAGAGUUUAUCUAAACAUAGUUUACUAGAUUAACAACUUAAUCUUUAACACUGAUCUGAAGCUAUAAGGGGACAUCGUAUGACACCCUAUUAUAAAAUUCUACCCAGUAGAAUUUCGCGCUUUCGCCGCGAGCUUAAGACACAUCUAUUUAUUUGCGCAGGACUGGACUAGAUUUUAAAUUCAAAUUGGUUUUAAUGGGGAUUUUAUUAUUUUUAUUAUCAUUUUAAUUAUUCGGCCAAUUAUAAUAAGUUUUUUAAUGGAUGUUUUAUUUGUAUUUAUAUGUAUGUUUUUAUCUGGUUGUGAACCGCCCUGAGUCCCUAGGGAGAUAGGGCGGUAUAAAAAUAUGAUAAAAUAAAAUAAAUAAAUAAUAAUAAAUAAUACCCCUGGCUUUUCCAGGAGAUGUGGUAGAACAGUGCCCCCCGCCCCACACAACCUUUUGGGCACUAGGGACUGGUUCCACGGAGAGAGGUUUUACCACGGACCAGAGGAAGUGUGGUCUUGCUGGCUGCCUGAAUCCCACAGAUGGGGUUUCGCUUGUUCGUAUGUUGCUAGCAUGCCACAGUCCAGUGCUUGUCCAUGGACCAGGGGCUGGAGACCCCUGUGGUAGAAGGUCCAUCUGGGUACUCGGAAGCUGCCAGUGUGGAUGAGGAUGAACAAAGUGAGACUCAACUCUAGCAAGAUGAAGCAGUUGUCCAUUCAGACAGUGAUUGACUUUGAGACAACAUCCUUCUUAGCAGUGGUGAAAUGUAAAAUUUGUUAGGUCCAGUUCUGUGGGCGUGGCUUGGUGGGGGAGGGGGUAAUGUGACUGGGUGGGCGUGGCCAACUUUUUUUUUUUUACUUUUAAAAGCAUUUUUUCUACAACCUCUUCGGGCAAAGAGGUUGUAAAAAAUGCUUUUAAAAGGCUCUGAUGAUCCCAGCUGAGUUGCCUGAUCAUCAGAGGCUUUUGUUUUCUUUUAAAAACAUUUUUUUUUGCUUUUAAAAGAAAAAAAAAGCCUCUGACGACCAGGCAACUCAGCUGGGAUUGUCAGUGCCUUUUAAAAGCAUUUUUUCUACAACCUCUUCGGCUGAAGAUGUUGUAGAAAAAAUGCUUUUAAAAGCCUCUUAUGAUCUCAGCUGAGCCGCACAAUCAUCAGAGGCUUUUUUUUUUGCUUUUAAAAGCAUUUUUUUCGGCCAAAGAAAAAAUGCUUUUAAAAGUAAAAAAAAAAACCUCUGAUGAUCGCGCAGCUUAGCUGGGCAUGGUGGGGUGCGGGGAUUUUUGCUACCAGUUCUCCAAACCAUCCCCUGCCAUCGCUACCGGAUCGAGCAAUCCAGUCUGAACCAGGAGCAUUUCACCCCUGCUUCUUAGGUCUGGAUGAGGGGGAUUGCUUCCCCCCAAAAAAAACUUGCUUCCAAAUCAGAAUGCUUGGGUUCAUACUACAUACUGUAAGCCAAAACUAAUUAAAUGUAGCUUAAUGCAAUGGAUGAUCCCUACUCAUAACAGGUUUGUUUGCUGAUUGGGAGUGCAGCUGAGUCCACAGAAGCUAAAGUCUAUUGAUUUCAGAAGGAUAACUUUAAUAAUCUCCUGCAAACACCACCACCCCCUAUCCAAAUGGACAACAUCAAAACAUAAAGAGUUCUACUAGUCCAAUAGUAGAACUUCUGCUCUGCAGUCAGAAGGUUCCUGACUUCGUUUGACCGUUUUUGAUUGGCAGCUAUGAGGCCAGUUGUUGCCCCAUUCCCUACCUCUGCAUGCCCCAUUGGAUGGAGACCCCUUGAUUAGAUAUGGCAAACUGCUUUAGCGGGAACCAUUCCACGUUCUGGUGGGCUCUGGGAGGCUGACUGGUCUAGUUAAUAGUGCUGCUCUACUAUCUAGCAAACUAGGGGUUAGCUGCCAAUUUAACAUCACAGUAACCAGAAGUCUGAACUGUCUAUGGUUACUUUGAGCUAAUAUUGCACCUGCAAGGAUUUGAUCUGAAUAGUCCAAUGGAAUUUGAACAUAGAUAAUUUGUUUGCUGUCUUAGUAGCCUCUCCAUGUAGAUCAAAGGCAACCAAUCUCUUCUCCAAUAAGCAGCUGCGUGAAAGGAGAGAAAAGAGUCCAUUAAAGGAAAGGGGAAAGGAGGAAACGGGAGGGAAGGGAAAGAAAGAAAGGAAAGGAAAGGAAAGGAAAGGAAAGGAAAGGAAAGGAAAGGAAAGGAAAGGAAAGGAAAGGAAAGGAAAGGAAAGGAAAGGAAAGGAAAGGAAAGAUGGAUGUCAGGUCAGAGAGAGAAACUGGGUGGCCUCAUCCGUUUUUGGGUUUGUCCAGCUGCCCUCUCUGCUGUCAUCGUUGGAAGAACCAUAUCAGUUGCAUCUCUCUGCUGAGAUAUGAGGACCUCUGCCAAAGUCUCCUUCAACCUCCAGUUCUGUCUUGCUCGCUUUUGUUGACUGUUUUUUUUUCUUCCAACCAGCAGCACAGUAAGUUAGAUGCUUAGAACUGGAUGUCCUCAUGCAUCUUUCCCUCCCCCCCUCCACUCCUUCCUGCCUGACGGCAUACAAGGGCUCCUGCUAAGUGAGACACAGCACACACGCCUGCACAAUUAAAGACGUGGCUUCCUUCCAGGCCCUUGUGUGGGUGUGUCAGGCCUUAAAUAAGAAUAGAUAGGAUAAGAGCUACAGUCCUUGUCUCCUGCUAGGAAAACAACCCUCAGGCCUCUGCAACUGAUGAAAAGUGGAAUCAGAAGAAUUGGUUUUCUAAGAGAGAGGAAAUUCAUUGGCAAAUAUCUAUGGAGAUUCUCAGUCAUCUAAGUCAUGGUUGUCUCAAAGACUUUUUUUUUUCAAGAGGAAACUAACUUGUGCUAUGCUUGUGUAUAUUGUUAUGACAAAAUUAAAUAAAUAAAAAAUAAACUGGACUUUCUUGCUUUUUCUUUGAAGACGUUUCGCUUCUCAUCCAAGAAGCUUCUUCAGCUCUGGUUGGAUGAUGGGGGAAAUGGAAGGAUUUAUACUCCUUGCAGGCAGCUGGUCAUUUAUAUUCUUUUUACAGAGUCGUUGAGGCUACUUGGAGGUUCAUCUGUGUCUUCAAGGUCACCGGAGUAGUGCAAAUGGGUGUAGAGCCUUCUUGGAACUGCUGAAAGGACAGUGUUGUAUACUGGAGAUAGAUGAUGUCCUAUCCCUCCCAGGGGUGAAAUUGGUUACUACCGGUUCUGUGGGCGUGGCUUGGUGAGGGGGGCAUGGCCAACUUUU